AUAGUGAGAGAAAGAGAAAGCAAAAGAUGUGAUCCAGUGCGUCCCUCCAAAAUUGAGGCAGAAAGAGGAUAGAGCUGAUAUGAGGCCAUCUUUUAUCUAUCCACACAUUCACCAACAUCACCAAUAGAUAACACAACAAUACACAAUUUUUACAUUACUCAAUACACUACACUAACAUAAUCCUCUUCACUCUUCUCUUUCUAUCCAAAAUUCUCCACCAGCCAUGGCAGUUUCUUCAGCAACAGCUUCCUCCAAACUCAUACUAUUCCCCCAUGCAUCAUCAUCCUCUUCCCUUAAUUCCACACCCUUCCGCUCCUCCACCACCAACACCCACAAACUAACCCCUCUCUCCUCCUCCUUCCUCCACCCCACCACCGUCCUCCGCCGCACCCCUUCUUCCACCACCACCCCGCGUCGCACCUUCACCGUCCGCGCCGCCCGCGGCAAAUUCGAGCGCAAGAAGCCCCACGUGAACAUCGGCACCAUCGGCCACGUGGACCACGGCAAGACCACCCUUACCGCUGCCCUGACCAUGGCUCUUGCCGCCCUAGGCAACAGCGCCCCCAAAAAAUACGACGAGAUCGACGCCGCCCCGGAGGAGCGCGCCCGAGGCAUCACCAUCAACACCGCCACCGUGGAGUACGAGACCGAGAACCGCCACUACGCCCACGUGGACUGCCCCGGCCACGCUGACUACGUGAAAAACAUGAUCACCGGCGCAGCCCAGAUGGACGGCGCCAUAUUAGUCGUCUCCGGCGCCGACGGCCCCAUGCCCCAAACCAAAGAACACAUCCUCUUAGCGAAACAAGUCGGUGUCCCCAACAUGGUCGUGUUCUUAAACAAGCAAGACCAAGUCGACGACGAAGAGCUUCUCCAACUAGUGGAGCUCGAAGUCCGCGACCUUCUGAGCUCCUACGAAUUCCCCGGUGACGAUACCCCCAUUGUCUCGGGCUCCGCGCUCUUAGCCCUAGAAGCACUCAUGGCCAACCCUGCAAUCAAACGCGGCGACAACGAGUGGGUCGACAAGAUUUUCCAACUCAUGGACGAGGUCGACAACUACAUUCCCAUCCCCCAGCGCCAGACCGACCUCCCCUUCCUCCUCGCCGUCGAAGACGUCUUCUCCAUCACCGGCCGUGGCACCGUCGCCACUGGCCGUGUAGAGCGUGGCACCAUCAAAGUAGGGGAAACUGUUGACCUUGUAGGUUUGAGAGAAACAAGGAACACAACCGUCACAGGUGUAGAAAUGUUCCAGAAGAUUCUAGACGAAGCCCUGGCUGGAGACAACGUGGGGCUGUUGCUUAGAGGGGUUCAGAAGACUGACAUUCAGAGGGGAAUGGUGUUGGCUAAACCAGGCACGAUUACGCCGCACACCAAGUUCUCAGCGAUUGUUUAUGUUUUGAAGAAAGAAGAAGGUGGUAGGCAUUCACCUUUCUUUGCAGGGUAUAGGCCUCAGUUUUACAUGAGGACCACCGAUGUGACUGGGAAGGUUACGUCUAUCAUGAAUGAUAAGGAUGAGGAGUCCACGAUGGUGCUGCCCGGUGACCGUGUCAAGAUGGUGGUGGAGCUUAUUGUUCCUGUGGCUUGCGAACAGGGAAUGAGGUUUGCUAUUAGGGAAGGUGGGAAGACCGUUGGUGCUGGUGUUAUCCAAUCCAUUAUUGAGUGAAAAUUCUGUCACUUUAUUUUUAAUUAAUUAAUUUUUUCCGUUUUAUACAGCUUCUGUACUUUGCUUUCCCUUUUUCUUAUACUUUAAUUGCACUUUUAGGAUGGAUAUUAUUGGAUAAUAAUAUUUUUCUGUCCCAAAUGAAAAUGUCUUUGUUGUUCUUGUUACUGUUUUACUUCAUUUUGUUUUGCUGCUGAAUUGCAAUCAAUGAUGAAGGAUGAACGAUUUUCCUGUUU